GUCGAUUCUAUUUAUAGUUCUGUAAUUUCUAUUUUUUUAUAAUCGCAUCGGCGUUGGCUAACGACGGCGUAGAUCGUUCACGUUAUCUUAUCGUCGUAAUCACACAUACUACAUUGACUAUUUCUAUUAUUACAAUAUUAAAUAUAAUAAAACAUUAUCAUUUUCCUACGGAAUACAAACAAUGACACAGCGUUCAACGAGCAGUGAGAAAACAAGUGUAUUUAAAAAAUGGAUACAAGUACUGAUAAAAAGCGUUCUUCUUCAAAAAUAAGUUCAUUUUUCAAACCAAUUUCAAAAAAAACCACAGUUAAAUGCAACAUACCUGAAGAACAUAUUUCAGAUAAUUCAGUAAAAGAACUUAAUUCGAACAUUGAUUCAGUAUUAGCUACUUCUAGUCAUGAUUUCCAUCUUCAUUCUAAUGACAUAGGAGAUUAUAUUGGAAAAAAUAUUGACAAUUAUUCGUAGCGUGAACUCUUAGUGAAUCAUUGGGUACCACCAACAAAUUACAUAUUUCCUUUCUCUGAGCAUAAUAAAAACGGUAAAUUAAUACGUCGAUUUCUUGGGCAACAACAUUUAAAUAAUUUUAUAUGGUUAGUAUUUUCACCAUCAAAAUAAGGUUUAUAUUGCAAAUAUUGUCCUUUGUUUAAUGUACAAAAACAAGGUGGUUUUCAACGAAAUGUAGAAUUACAAAAAUUAGUUACUCAACCACUGACAAAGUUCGCAAGAUUACAAGGAAAUACAGGGGAUUUACAUAGACAUGAAAUCACUAGAUAUCACAAUGAGUCUGUCCAAAUGGCUAAACUUUUUUUACAAAAUUACAAUAAUCCCAAACUUCAAAUACACAACUUAUUAGAUACAAAACGAAUGCAAGAAAUAAAAGAAAAUCAGGAAAGACUUAUUCCAAUUAUAGAAAGCAUUAUAUUUUUGGGAAGACAAAACAUCUCUUUUCGAGGGCAUAGAGACGAUGGCCAACUAGAUUUAUCGUCUACCAUUGAAAAUGGAAGAAGUUCAAUAAACGAAGGUAAUUUUAAAGAACUUUUAAAAUUUCGAGUCAAUGCCGGAGAUUCUAUGCUUGAAAAUCAUCUGAAAAAUUCUUCUUCAAAAGCAACAUAUAUUAGCAAGACAAUACAGAACGAGUUAAUCGAUUUAUGUGGUAAAGAAAUUUUAGACAGUAUUUUAAAAAAAAAUUACAGACAAGGAUAUUUUUUACAGUAUAAUUUUUGAUGAAACCUUAGAUGUGUCUAAACGAUCGCAAAUUAGUUUAGUUAUAAGAUAUAUUGAUGAAAUAACAAUUAGAGAAGAUUUUGUGGCAUUUAUAGAUGCAUUUGACGAAGCUCAACUUAUUCAACUAAGGAGUUCUAAUAAUAAAUUAAGUGAUGAUGAAGAAGUAAAUAUAGACAGUUCUUUUGAAAAUUAUGAAAGUUGCAAAAAUGUAGAAGAAAUAUCGAUAACUGGGAAAAUGCUAGGGCAAAUUGUUUUAAAUCAACUGAGAAAAAUGGGUCUGAAUCUUAACAAAUGUGUAGUAUUGGUACUGAUGGUUGCAGUGUUAUGACAUCAGAAAUUUGUGGAGCUGUAGCUGAAAUUAUAAAGAGUUCACCGAAUGCCCGUAGAUGUCCAUGUUACAACCAUUCUCUUAAUAUUUCUAUUUCAAAAUCAAGUAAAGUUCAAAGUAUACGAAAUUUAGUUGGAAUUAUUAAAGAGGUUGUUAGAUUUUUUUCUGUGUCAGCAAAACGUACAGUUAUUUUGAAGAAAUAUGUUGGCCAUCAGCUAACAGGACUAUGCGAAACGAGAUGGGUUGAGAGACAUGAUGGAGUUACUAGGUUUUUACAAGACAUGCCUAAAAUUAUUAAUACAUUAACUGAAAUUACAACAUGGAAAGAUUCUCAAACUUCUGGAAAAGCAAAAAUACUUGUAACAACAUUAUGUGACAGUGAAUUUAUUAUUGCUUUUUUUAGUUUUGCGCAUUUGCUCAAUUUCACUUAUUGUUUAAGCAAAAUUUUCCAAAAAAAAAAAUUUAGAUUUGAAUACAGCAGCAAAUACUAUAAAAGAUACAUUAAAAGUUCUUUCCAAAUGUCGUGAAAAUGUUGAUACAGAAUUUUCAAAUAUUUUUAAAUCAUCUGAAGAUUUAGCAAACAUUAUCGAUGUAGAAUUACGAAUGCCUAGAUCAUGUAAACAACAAAAAAAUCGAUCAAACUAUUUUACCAACAACGUAGAAGACUAUUACAGAAUCUCGAUAUUCAUUCCUUUAUUGGAUAAUGUUAUAGAUGACUUAAAAACACGUUUUUCCCAAAAUACAUUGGAAUUAUUUCAGUUAUCUCUUUUUCUUCCAUCUAAUUUUUUAAAAUUACCAAAUGACCAAAAAGAAGAAACUGACAAAAUAAAAUCAGUUGCUAAAGACUUUCAAAAAUUGCUUAAUAAAAAUGAGUUAUCCUCCCGAUUAGUUGGUGAAUACUAUAUUUGGAAAGAGAAGUGGAUACGUGAAUUUCAAAAUGAUUCAUCAGUUAUUUCUAACCAUGCAAUUGAAGUAUUACAGAAUUGUGAUGAAGACGUUUUUCCUUUAAUAAAUAAAAUAUUAAAAUUAUUAAUUACAUUACCCAUUAGUAAUUCUAGCUCUGAAAGGUCAUUCUCUUCACUACGGCGUCUUAAAACAUGGCUAAGAUCAACAAUGUGUGAAACACGUUUGACUGGACUUGCAUUAUUAAACAUUCACAGAAACAUUGCCAUUGAUGUUGAAAAAUUAAUUCAGCGUUUCUCCAAAAGCAAAAGAAAAAUUCCAUUU